AUGGCCACAAAAGCAAUCAGCUAUUUAAGACCGGCAUUGCGUCUCAGCCGCCCUCCAAUCAGAACAUGCAUCGCCCAAUAUAGCUCCCAUUCCCCGAUGGGAUCAACCACCCCCAACACCCGCAAACCAGUGACUAUCCAAAGUAUUCGGAGUCUCUACAAAAAGAAUGAGCCCAUCACAGUCCUCACGGCCUCAGACUUCCCAAGCGCGCAUGUCGCCGAUUCCGCAGGGAUGGAUAUCGUCCUGGUAGGCGAUAGUCUAGCCAUGGUAGCCAUGGGCAUGGAAGACACCAACGAAGUCACAAUGGAAGAGAUGCUCCUCCACUGUCGCAGCGUGAAGCGUGCAGUCAAGAGCGCAUUUACAAUCGUAGACCUACCCAUGGGCUCAUAUGAAACCUCACCCGAGCAAGCCCUCACAUCCGCAAUCAGGAUGGUAAAAGAAGGCGGUAUGAAAUGCAUCAAGCUCGAAGGCGGUGCCGAAAUGGCACCUACAAUUACGAAAAUCACUCAAGCCGGCAUCCCUGUCAUGGCGCAUAUCGGAUUAACGCCUCAGCGCCAGCAUUCCCUCGGCGGGUUCCGCGUACAGGGCAAAUCGGCAGCCAGUGCGGUGAAGCUGCUUCGGGACGCGCUGGCUGUGCAGAAGGCUGGUGCUUGCAUGGUUUUGAUUGAGGCCGUGCCUGCUGAGAUUGCGGAGAUCGUGACGAAGAGACUGAGUGUGCCGACUAUUGGGAUUGGGUCUGGGAAUGGAUGUUCUGGACAGGUUCUUGUUCAGGUUGAUAUGCUGGGAAAUUUCCCGGCUGGUCGGUUCUUGCCGAAGUUUGUGAAGACUUAUGCGGAUGUUUGGGGUGAGGCGCGGAGAGGUAUUGAGGCUUAUAGGGAUGAAGUUAAGAGUCGGGCGUUCCCUUCUGAACAGUAUACUUAUCCUGUUUCUAAGGAGGCGGUUGAAGAGUUCGAGAAGGUGGUUGACGACGUGGUCGAAAGUGAAAGCCAGAAAUAA